UUGUCGUUAAAUCGAGAGACGUUAUAAAGAGUUUACACUGUAUUUUAAAAUCGUAUAUGUUUUUCAUUAAGGCCAAUGUAUUAAAGUAAAUGUUAUUUUGGCUUAAUAUUUUCGGCGAUAAAAAAAGGGUCAGAAAUGAGCAGUUUUUAUUUCUUUUAUCCUAUAUCACGUCGCUUUUUCCAAAAGAUGUUGCCGCCCCUUGAUGAUUGCAUGUAUCUUAUAGUAUAUCCCUAUGCCCGGUUCUAAACUCGCCGUUAGUGUAUAUGUAUGCUGUAUAUUUUUUUCCAUGUAGAAGAAUGUGAAUGCAAUAAAAAUUAAACUGAUUAAUGAUUACUGUCUCUAGGUUUUAUUUUACUGCAGCCUACUUGAUGAUAAUUCGUAUUUUUUUACUGAUAAAAAUUAUUUAUGUAAAUAAGCAGUCGCUUUUAAAAUAAUCUUAAUUUUGAACAGAACAAUAAGUUUGUAGCAGUCAUGAAAUCCAUUAUACGUAGAUUUAAAGGUUCCAGGACAAUUCCACAAGUAGUUGCUAUUUGCAUUGGUUCGUUAUCGCUAUUAACGGCUUGUGUUCAGUAUGCUUGGACUUCUCCGUACAUACCAAUAAUUACUUCCGAAGAUUUUCCUGGCAAUAUCACCUUUGAAGAGGCGUCAUAUUUCACCGUUAUACCACCAUUAACGGCCAUAGGUCUUUGUGCAGUUUUUUCGAAACUUGCCGACAGGAUUGGAAGGAAACGCGUCUUAAUCCUAUCAGGACCUGUCCAUUUUGCCGCCUACGUGCUUAUUUAUUUCGGAAGAACGGUCACUCCGUUUUAUAUAUCGCGAUUCCUAAGUGGUCUAGGUGAUGCCAUUCUGUGGGCAUCUCUUCCGGUAUAUGUGGCGGAGAUAAGCGAACCCCAUGUGAGAGGAACCUGGGGUAACGUCCCCGCAAUUUCAGGAUAUGUUGGACAGGUCCUUAUAAACGUCCUAGGGUCGUAUUUACAUCUCCAAACUUCUACAAUUCUAUCAGCAAUCGUACCAGUGGUGUUUUGUUGUGCUUUCGCUUUUAUGCCUGAAUCUCCAUAUUUUUUAUUAGCAAGAGGAAGACAUGAAGAAGCUCAGAAGUCUUUGCGUUUGUUAAGAGGAGGACAGAAUUGCGACGACGAAUAUAAACAAUUAACCAGAGAUGUCAAUAGACAAUUAUCUGAAACUGGAACCUUGAAGGACCUGUUUCUAAUUAAGAGCAAUAGAAGAGCUCUGUUUAUUGCUGUAGGUGCGAGAGCUGCAAGUCAAAUGAGCGGCAUUGCUGCUUUUACAGUUCAUACUCAGUAUUUGUUCGAACAGGCUGGUCAAAACAUAUCAAAAGAAUUAUCUUCCAUUACUUUCUCCGCUGUUUUAUUGGUUCUUGCGACAUUAGGUGCUUUUUACCAGGAUAAAUUUGGAAGAAGACCGCUAAUGAUUGGUUCUUGUUUAGGCUGCGGUUUUAUACUUCUCGUAGAAACCGUAUACUUUUACCUUAAUGACAAAACAUCGGUUGACCUUUCCGGUUUAAGAUGGGUACCAUUAGCUGGGAUGAUAUUAUACCUGUUCUGUUUUUCGUUUGGUCUAUCGUUAAUUCCAUCUUUGCUUGUUGGAGAAUUAUUUUCCACAAGUAUCAAAGCGAACGCUAUGAUUGUUACGAACAUAUUUUUUGAUGGAUUUAUUUGCGUGAUAACUAAAGUUUUUCAAACUUUAACUUACAAUUUUGGUCUGUAUGUUCCGUUUCUAAUCUUUACCGUAUCUUGCUUUAUAAAUGCUAUACGUUCAUACCUUUUUCUGUUAGAAACGAGAGGAAAAACUUUAGAAGAAAUACAACAAAUGUUGAAGAAAUAGUGAUACAGUAAUUAAAAUGUAUAGUCGAUCAUUAACAACAGUUAUUAGUAGUUUAAAUCGUUUUGUGGUAUCAAUAAGCUAUUAAAAGAAAUAAAUACUUUUUGUAGUAUUA